AGGUGCGCGGCGCGGACCGAUGACGUAGAUGGAACGCAAAGUGCUGCGCGACGGUGGGUCAGAGAGACGCUGUAGACGAUGGCCAUGGCACUAAGAUGCUUCUGGCAUCUGCCUUCCCUGCUUUAUCGCUCCUCAUUCGCAGUGAGACGGGGGCUGCCACAGGCUCCCAUGGGCUGCCCAUCCCUGCCCCUGCAAGGCUGCAGGCAGUGUGUCCAUCAGGUGCUGCUGACCAGACAGCUAGCUACCAAGAAAGCUAAAGGUAAAGGGCAGAGUCAAGCCAAAGUGAAUAUCAGUGCUGCCCUAGUUGAGGACAUUAUCAAUUUGGAGGAAACCAGUGAAGACAUGCAGGCGGUGGUAGAAGCUCUGAAAGAAGACUUAAGCAGAAAUCUCAGUGUUAGAACCUCACCAGGGGCCCUUGAUCACAUCAUCGUGAUGACAAAAGAUGGGAAGUUUCCCCUGAACCAGCUGGGGCAGAUAUCCCUGAAGUCACCGCAGCUCAUUGUAGUGAACAUGGCCAGUUUUCCAGAGAGCACAGCUGCAGCUACGAAGGCUAUAAGGGAGAGUGGCAUGAACCUGAACCCAGAAGUGGAUGGGACAAUAAUCCGAGUGCCAAUUCCUAAGGUAACCAGAGAGCACAGGGAGAGCCUGGCCAAGCUUGCCAAGCAGUCAACCAACAAGUCCAAAGAGGCCCUGAGAAAGGUGCGAAACCAAAGCAUCAACCAGAUAAAGAAGAGCAAGAGCAAAGUGUCUGAAGAUACCAUCUGGCUGCUGGAAAAACAGAUCCAGCAAAUGGCAGACAGUGCUGCAGCGGAGAUGGACAAGCUGCUGGCAGCAAAGACCAAGGAGCUGCUUGGAUAAGCAUCAUCCAGAUGGACUCACUCCCCCUUUGAGUAAGGCUGGACCACCACAAACCGCAGUGACCAUUGUUGCAAUGGGCAGGGGCAGCUCUGCCAGACCUCUGUGCUGGGGUUCUCCACCUUGUGUUAUACUGGAGGGAGGGGGGAUCCCUCCUCACUGUUCUUCAUCCCGGUGGCAACAGAACUGGGUGAACUAAGAUUAAAAUAAAACAACAGGGAGGAAGAGUGGA